GGCGCGCAGCAGCCAGCAGAAGGAACCACAGCAAAGAUGGAGUCCCAGCACCUGCAGGGAGGGAGAGCAUCAGCCAAGUCUCUGCUGCUCAUUUAGGGCUUCUAUUCUGUUAUCUCAUUACCCAUGGCCAGGGACUGUGGGAGCCCCUCUCAGUCCUUCCCAAGCUCGCAGCUCUCCAGCCCUGGACAUCUCUUGACACUUGCUGCAUUUCCUACUCACACCAAUGCUGCUUAGGACUUUAGUAUCUCUGAUUAGCUGCUACAUCAUCAUCUCCUUGACACCUACCUGGACUUUACUUACCCCCUCCAGCCAAAAACUGCACGUUCAUGGAAAGAGGUCCUAUGAAGACCCCCUCUCCAUAGUCACCUUCUUAUAGGGUUUUAAGCAGGCUUGCAACCUGUCCUGGUUGUUGGGUUGGUGGUGGGCUUCCUGAUAGUUGGUCCUGAGGACAUCUGACCAUUGCCAAGAUGCUACCUUCUCAAGAAGCAUCCAAGCUCUACCAUGACAAUUACAUGAGGAACUCAAGAGCAAUUGGGGUCCUCUGGGCAAUAUUCACCAUCUGCUUUGCCAUCAUUAACGUGGUGGUCUUCAUACAACCUUACUGGAUAGGGGACAGUGUCAAUACACCCAAACCAGGCUACUUUGGCUUGUUCCACUACUGUGUGGGCAAUGGGGUGGCCAGCAGAGAGUUAACCUGCAGGGGAUCCUUCACAGAUUUCAGCACAAUUCCAUCUGGAGCCUUUAAAGCAGCCGCAUUCUUUGUACUGCUGUCCAUGGUGCUGAUUCUGGGCUGUAUCACGUGUUUCGCCCUAUUCUUCUUUUGCAACACCGCAACUGUCUAUAAGAUCUGCGCCUGGAUGCAACUGUUUGCAGCUGUUUGCCUGGUCCUGGCCUGCAUGAUAUUCCCAGAUGGGUGGGACGCAGAGACAAUAAGAGACAUGUGCGGGGACAAGACGGGGAAAUACUCUCUCGGCGAUUGUUCUGUCCGCUGGGCGUACAUACUGGCCAUCAUUGGCAUCUUAAACGCUCUUAUCCUUUCCUUUUUGGCCUUUGUCCUUGGAAACAGACAGAAUGACUUGUUACUUGAGGAACUCAAGGCAGACAAUAAAGAUUUUGUUGGAACUGCGAGGAUAUAAAGAAAAUUAAAAAGAAGGGGAGAUCGUUACCCUAUCCAAAGCAGGAAUGUCUCUUAGCUGCCCACUACCCCUCAUUGGUAUCGUUAACCUAAUCUUGUAUUGCUGUCUUCUGCCACAUUGCCUUGGCCCACCUCAGUUAGAUUCUGGAUCUGCAUCUUGGCCUUGAAGAUAAAUCUUCCCUUUUCGAGACGGUGCCUGCGCUGUGAUCAAACAAAGUCCCUUUAAAAAAAAGCAACCAGUGAUUGCCAACUGAGCUCCUGCAAAUCAACUGCAACCACGGAUAUACAAAAAAAAAAAAAAAAAAAAGGAAGCAUUGCUAUGAAACACAUUUGCUUAUCAAAUGCAUUUUUUUCCAUCCCUUUCCUUGAAACAUGGAACAGGCUGUAAAAUGGCAAAUCCUUUGCAAUUUUGUAAAACAUUUAACAGAAAAAAAGUAUGAUAAAAAAUAUGUUUUAAGUAUUUAUAUCGCUGAUUAAAUCCUACCGCCUAUCCUGAACUACCGCCCAUAAAAUAACGAGGAUAUUUCAUUAUAAUGCUGGAAAAUCAAAACUCUGCCAACUUUGUACAUACGUGAAUCCACCGUAGGUAGAUGUUUGGAUAAACUGAUCACUCAUUCAGAUUUCGAUACCUACUUUUUGUACAGAAACGUGUGGGGAUAUUUUUUUUCAGCAGGUACACUGAAUUGUUUAAUACUUAUGUGUACACAUCAGUCACAAAAAAAGAAAAAUCAUAAUGGUAUGAAAAAAAAAAAGAAACAAAAAAAACAAGACAAAAAGAGGGAUUAUGAAUCAUGUUACGUUGUCAUCGUUGUCAGAAUUUCUGACUGGUAUGUGUUGUCUACUUUUUCUGUUGUGAUGAGAGGUAAAUGAGGGACAGUUAGAGUAUACAAUCUAAACACAAGACCAAAUGCUUGUGGGUCCAUAAACCCUUUCAUUACUGGCUAAGGAGUAGGUUUGUUACUGAGAGAAAAUUAUGAUUUUGGUUAAAGAGGAACCAUCACUUUUCUGAAAAUUACACCAUUCAAUAAAACAUAAAAAAAAAUCACAAAGUUUUUUUUUAAAUGACGCUCCUUUUCCUUUUAAAUGUAUAUCAAAGAUUCAGCAAAUUACAUAACAAUUCAGAUUAGUCUAGGCACAACCAGGGCACACAAUGCAAAUAAGUAAAAUAAAAUUAAAACAUUUGAUUUCUCCUCUUCUCUGUGCUGGCUGUCAGGUGUGAAGAACCUAGCUUAUAACAAUUCACAGGAUCUGUGGCACCUGAUUUCAGGAUAAAAAA